GGGGGUCGUUGUAGCGGAUCCACUGCUCACCCUCCUAAGUUGAUCUCUGUUCUUGAUAUAUGAUCUUCUAUUUUUAAUAUCGAGAGUUAGCUCAAGGUCAAAGUCAAUACGAAGGAUACAGGGUCGCCUUCCAAGAAUGGCGAGGUUAAACGGCACAGAACUGUACCAUUCCGUACCAGAUGCUCAAAAUAGUGCAUAGCUCCAAUCGCGAGCACAUCGUGACGGGCAGUCUCGGCAUGAUUCCAGAUGGCAGUGUCGAAGCUCAGCUGCAAAAGGAAAAAAUUUUCAGCCUUGACAGUUCCGUUGAAAGUGCAGAUAAACUGUCUUCGACAUUCCUCUUUGUUUUCCGUUUUGAUUCUGCAAUUCAAUAAACCCUCCCCAUACCCUCCUUCCCUACACCCGGUGUCUGUGACUAGUACCUCAGUUCUCCGUCGAGGAUCUGACUUAGAUCUGUAACAGGGCAGCCCACUCCACUGACCUAAAGGGAAAAGAAAAAAAGCUGCCCCAGUCAAUGUUGUCUUAGUUCGUGCGAGGUUUAGAAUAUAUUCUCCGAGAUCUUUCUCUUCUACCUCUUCUGCUCAUAUCUGAGCAAUUCCUGGUUUUCUGGUAUAAGCAUCCGGGCAUCAUGGCCUCGAACGACAUCUGUGCCUCGGUGCAAGACCGGACAUUUGGUCCAUGGGCUCAGCAAUGCCGUGGAGCAUUCGAUUUCACUCUCCUCUUUGAGGAGAGCGUCCUCACAUUGGUACCGUUAUGCAUUAUGAUCCUGUUUGCCCCGUUCCGAAUUGCAUAUCUUUUCAGAAAAAAGCGAAAAGUCGAGGACACCCCAUUGGUUCAUAUGAAAAUUGUAAGUGCUUUUCAUAUUGCCAUCUUGCUGUGAGCUGGGUAUUUCAAUUUGGACGGUAUACUGACGGAUGAUCGACUGCUAUAGACGUCUCUCGCAGCAUAUUGCGGAUUGCAGCUUUUGCUUGUAAUUCUUUGGACCCGUCCCGAUGUCACUAGAACUCAGCUCUCAAUAGCAGUCAAUGUCUUGACGCUCGUUGGUUCCAUUCUAUUCAUCCUCCUCUCGUACGCGGAACACUUAUACACAACGACCCCGUCUUUGAUGCUCAAUGUAUUCAUGUUCUUCACACUCCUUUUCGACGUUGCGCGAGCAAGGACUCUAUGGCUGAGAGACGCUAAUGGAACCGGCCAAAUCAUUGCCUGGGGCUUCACGGCCACGGUUGCUUUGAAAUUUGUCAUCUUACUCCUGGAAGUUACAGAGAAGCGAUUUAUGCUCAAGGCUGAGUACAAAUCCUACCCUCCAGAAGCUACUGCUGGUAUCUUCAACCGAAGUUUCUUCGUCUGGCUGAACGCUCUUUUCUGGGACGGAUUCUCCAAGCUUCUCUUCGUAGAAGAUCUAUACGAGCUAGACAAGCAUCUGCUCUCAGAGCGCAUUCAUCAGCGCAUGAACGACGCAUGGGAGAAAGGUACGCUUUAGCACCUUGCAAUUUGCCCCUGGGGUAUCUGGUUUUGCUAACAUUCGCUUUUCGUAGUCAAAUCCAAGACGCCAAACUCGUUGCUUAUGGUGACUUUCAAGACGCUCAAAUGGCCAAUCUUGUCCAUUGCCUUCCCACGUCUCUGCUUGAUCGGCUUCCUGUUCGCUCAGCCGUUCCUGUUGAACAAGGCGAUUCUGCUUGCCUCCGAGCCGAUUACCGACGACACAACGAACCAAGGAUACGGACUUAUUUUCGCUUAUGUCAUAGUAUACGUCGGUCUGGCUGUAAGUAUUCACAUUAACCGUCUCCUUUGCCAUGUACCAUUGCAUUUGGAAUCUUCGCUAAACUGUGGUUCCAGGUUGCCAUGGGUCAAUACCAGCAUUUGACUUACCGAGCCAUUACCAUGGUUCGCGGUGGGUUGAUCUCCAUGCUCUACCGGAAGGCAACGGACAUCAACAUCCAGGACGUCGACCCAGCCUCUUCCAUGACCCUCAUGAGUGCUGAUAUUGAACGUAUCGUCCAAGGAUGGCAAACGAUGCAUGAGCUUUGGGCUGCUGCCGCGGAAGUGGGUAUCGCCAUCUUCCUGCUCCAGAAGCAGCUCGGAGUCGCCUGUGUUGUUCCAAUCGCCGUGUCAAUUCGUACGUAUUUGCUUUGACAGGCUUCCCCGAUGAGGCUCCUAUUCCCUGACCCGAUACCCCUGAGUGGAGUUCAGUUCCAACGUGCUAACAUUUUGACGCUAUAGUUUCACUCUUCGGCUCGGUGAUUGCAAUGAACUUCGUCAUGGCUCACCAGGCUUCCUGGUUAGAGGCCAUCGAGAGGCGUAUCUCUGCGACCAGCGUGAUGCUGAGUUCGAUGAAGGGGGUGAAGAUGUGCGGUUUGAAAGAAGUUCUCCUUACAAAUCUUCACAAUCUGAGACUUGAAGAGUUGAACAUUUCCAAGAAGUUCCGUAAGCUUCUGAUCUGGAAUAUGGGCUUCGGUAAGCAGUCCCGUUCGAGAUGGAUUAUCGCUCUGUGGCUGGUGGGCUGGCUAACGACGAAUCACUGUAGCAUUUGUGUCUCAAAUCUUUGGUCCGAUCAUCACUUUUGCCGUGUUUGCUGCUAUCAACAAGAAUGGAGGCGGCAACGCCAUUCUAGACAUCAGCCGUGUCUUCACCUCCCUGUCUCUCUUUGCGCUGCUGUCGGAGCCGCUGCAGUCCUUGAUUAUGUCCCUGGUGACAUUCCUGGGUUCCGUCGGGUGCUUCACCCGUAUCCAGGAGUUCCUUGACAAGCCAUCCCGGGUCGACUCCAGACGCCAGCCAGAGCAGCGAAUUACCAACCUCUUCAAUCUUAGCCAGCAGACCCUUGCUCUCUCUGAUAAAGAUGCCUCCAAGAACGGCGAGAAGGUCAACCGCAGCUCCGCCAGCCCAACCAUCAAGUCAACAAAGUCUGGCGCUUCCUUCCCGCUCAAGGGAUUGACCCAUUCCAACCCAGAAGUGGACGCUGUUGCUAUCCGCGAUGGCUGCUUUGCAUGGGAGAACGAGAAGGGCGCCGUCCUCAAGUCCAUCAACAUCAACAUCCCUCGCUCCAAGACUACUGUCAUCGUCGGUCCCGUUGGCUGCGGUAAGUCGACUCUGCUCAAGGCCAUCCUUGGUGAAGUCGUCUGUCUCGCCGGCGUGGUUGAGGUUGCCUCCAUGAACAUUGCCUUCUGCGACCAGACCGCCUGGCACAUGAACGAGUCGAUCAAGGACAGCAUUGUCUCUGUCCUGGACCUCGAUGAGAAAUGGUAUGCCACUGUUGUCCGCGCCUGUGGUCUGGCCCAGGAUCUUCGCCAGCUCCCUCGCGGUGACCAGACCAUUGUGGGCAGCAAGGGUAUCGCCCUCAGUGGUGGCCAGAGCCAGCGUAUCGCCCUCGCCCGUGCCAUCUAUGCUCAAAAGGACGUCCUUAUCCUCGACGAUGUUCUCAGUGGAAUCGAUGCUGCAACUGAAAACCACAUCUUCCACAGCCUUCUUGGAGAAGAGGGACUGCUUCGUCGACUCGGGACUACCGUCAUCAUCACCUCGUCUUCGCCCAAGCGUAUUCCUUAUGCCGACCAUAUCAUUGCUCUCAGCUCUGACGGCCGUAUUGACGAGCAAGGUAAAUUCGAGGAGCUCAACGUAUCCGGCGGAUAUGUCUCGAGCUUCAACCUUCCCUCGCCCGACUGGCUGUUCAAGCCUGAACCAGAACGACCCCUCCCUGCUCCGGCUGUUGUCGAUGAGACUCCCCAGACGUCUGACGAGCUCGAGGCUGCGGCUAACCGACGAAUGGGCGACAUGGCCAUCUACCUGUACUAUGCCCGGUCCAUUGGCUGGCCAACCACCAUCGUCUUCAUGUUCUUCAUCAGCGCUUUCGUCUUCUGCAUUUCCUUCCCUACUAUCUGGUUGAAAUGGUGGGCUGCAUCCAACAUCGAAGCUCCAUAUGAAAAGCUCGGCUACUACUUGGGUAUCUAUGUCAUGCUCGGUGUUCUUGCCAUCAUCUCUCUCAUACUCGGAUCAUGGCAAAUGAUUAUCACCAUGGUUCCAAAAUCCGGCGAGGCCUUCCAUUUUACUCUGCUCAAGACUGUCCUGUCUGCUCCUCUGUCCUUUUUCUCGACUACUGACCAAGGUGUGACCAUGAACCGAUUCUCCCAGGAUCUCCAGCUCAUCGAUAUGGAACUUCCUGUGGCUGCACUCAACACCUUUGCAACCUUCGUUCUGUGUUUUGCUCAGAUGGUGAUCAUUGGCGUUGCUUCCGUGUAUGCUGCUAUCGCUUUCCCACUUAUCAUCGGUACGCUGUACAUGAUCCAGAAGUACUACCUUCGUACAUCUCGCCAGCUCCGAUUCAUGGACCUCGAGGCCAAGGCACCGCUAUACUCUCAAUUCACCGAGUGUCUCAACGGUCUGGCCACCAUCCGUGCCUUUGGAUGGCAGGAAGCCCUUGAGAAGAAGAACCGCAAGCUGCUCGACCGUUCCCAGAAGCCAUUCUACCUCCUUUUCUCCGUCCAGCGAUGGCUGACGUUGGUCCUCGAUAUGGUUGUUGCCGGUAUUGCCGUGCUGUUGAUAGUCCUGGUCAUCAAACUCCGAGGCACUAUUAGCGGUGGAUAUGCCGGUGUUGCUCUGCUUAAUGUUAUCCAGUUCAGUCAGUCGAUAAAGCUGCUCAUCACCUUCUGGACCACUCUCGAGACGCACAUUGGAGCCAUUGCUCGCAUCAAGGUGUUCAACGAGACUGCCCAACCUGAGGAUAAGGAGGGCGAAAACACUCAGCCACCAGACAACUGGCCUGCUCAGGGAGGCAUCGAGUUCAAGUCUGUCUCCGCUGAGUACCGGCCGGGCGAACCCAUCUUAAAGAAUGUGACCCUUACCGUCGCCCCGGGAGAGAAAUUGGGCAUCUGUGGACGAACUGGAAGUGGAAAGAGUUCUCUCAUCCUAACGAUAUUCCGCAUGCUCGAACUGAGCGGCGGCAGUAUCUCGAUCGACGGCAUUGAUCUCAGCACUUUGCCUCGCUCCGAGAUCCGGUCCCGUAUCACUGGUGUAUCCCAGGACGCCCUCAUCCUAAAGGGUUCACUGCGCCUCAAUGUCGAUCCAACUGGCGUUCUCAGUGACGACGCAAUGAUCUCAGCCCUGAAGAGCGUCCAGCUAUGGAACAUUGUAAACGAGAAGGGCGGCCUUGAUGUUGACAUUGACGAGUUCCAUCUCUCGCAUGGCCAGAAGCAACUUCUCUGCCUUGCCCGAGCGAUCCUUCGACCCAGCACAAUACUUAUUCUCGACGAAGCCACAAGCAACGUCGACAACAAGACCGACGAGAUCAUGCAGCGAGUCAUUCGAGAGAAGCUGUCGUCUCGCACCAUCAUUGCAGUCGCCCACAAGCUGGACACCAUCCUCGACUUUGACCGGGUUGCCCUACUGGACGGCGGCGAGCUGCUCGAGUAUGACGACCCGUAUACCCUGCUGUCUACCGACUCGUCUUUCAGCCGCCUGUACGCCAGCACCAUGGCUGAGACGCCCGAGGACGUGGAAGUCAUCAGUGUCUCGGACGAAAUGAUCAGCACACCGGGUACUGGACGCAACAGUACGCCGGGACGCAGCAGCACAUAAUUGCCCUUCUUCUCCUUCUCCUAAUCUUCUGUUCUCUUCUCUUUUCUUCCUUUCUUUUUCACCAUCAUUUUGACGUUCAUUUCAUUAAAAUAUCUUCCUUGGGUAUAUAUGCAUAGAUCGCCAUGGCCCUGAUCUAAGUAGCAAGGAGCUACUUUCUACUGCUUGUCAGCUUUUACAUACUUUGUUCACUUCUCUUCUGCUUGACCUGGCGUUCGGCGGGUAUAAUUGGUUGGCUGGCUAUCAUAUUCAUUCUUCUUUUGUUCAUUUCUACAUAUCCACUUCCUCGAGCCUUUACUCUCCUACAGAGGCAAUUUUGUUUAUUGUCUAAUAUAUUGGCAUAUACUUCGUCUCUACAUAUACAUAACUCGUUACCUUUUUACUAAUAAAUUGACAUCCCCUUUUUACACCUACCAACUGAUCCUCAUGAUCAUCUCCCAACUCGCUCUGUCUCUCGCUCCAACCAUAAAUAAAACUUCUCGUAAACUCG